AGAAAGUAGCAGGCGCGCGUUGUUCCUCGUUGUUGAUGCCUUGGAGGUAAAGUCACGUUAGAAAGACUACAAACAAGCUGAAAGUGGAAUGUGAAUAAACAUUGACGAUGGAAGAUUUAAGAAGAAGGUUGGAGUUUGACAACGUGGUCAUACAGAGACAGGCUGUAAAUAAGCUAUGUGAAGAGGUUAGAAAGAACUUGUCCAGGGAAAACAGACUGACAAACUCAUCAGUAAAGAAUGCAGCAUACAAACUGUUGGAGGAAAAAUGUGGUGCUAUGGAGACCGUGGUUGCCAAGGCGAUUUGUACAGCCCUGGUGGAGCUGGUCAGUGAUGGAUUGGCAGAUUUUUCAACUGUUCUGGAAUCAUUCCUUAAUCAAGUGCCAAAUGCAAAGAACUUGUGUGGAAUCCAAAUAAAAAAUAUAUAUACAGGAGUGUCUGAUUUACUCAAGUGCCAUGUGGCAUAA